AAUUUUAUACUUAAAAACCAAAAAGAAAAAAAAUUCCCUCUUUUUGGGACCUAUUUUGUUAUCCCUUUGUAUACACACAUCUCAUUUACUCAAUUUUCCCAAAUAAAGCUCAGAAAGAAAUGGUAACAACUCAAAUGGCAGUAUCAUCCAUAUCUGGUAAAGGGUUUGUUUCAUUUGAAGGACUUAGGUUUACUAGUAAUGUAAAGAUUGCAUCUUUUGGUACUUUGAAGCAGAAUUUGAGGUUUUUUCAUGGAGUUGUUGUUAAGGCUGCAACUGUUGUAGCUUCUAAGUAUACUUCAGUUAAACCUUUGAGUGAUAGAGUUCUGGUGAAGAUUAAGACCGUAGAGGAGAAGACUGUUGGUGGUAUCCUACUUCCAACAACGACACAGUCAAAUCCACAAGGAGGUGAGGUUGUUGCUGUCGGAGAGGGUUGUUUAGUUGGGAAGAGUAAAGUGGAAAUUAGUGUCAAGACUGGUACCCAAGUGUUGUACUCAAAAUAUGUAGGAACCGAAGUGCAGUUUGAUGGAUCAAAGCACCUGAUCUUGAAAGAAGAUGACAUCGUUGGUAUUCUCGAAACAGAAGACGUCAAAGACCUGCAGCCCUUGAACGACAGAGUUCUAAUCAAGGUGGCCGAGGCUGAGGAAAAAACUGCUGGAGGAUUGUUAUUGAGUGAAUCCUCAAAGGAGAAACCUUCGAUUGGCACGGUAUUAGCCGUUGGUCCCGGUCCUCUUGAUGAGGAAGGAAACAGGACAUUACUUUCAGUAUCCCCUGGAAAUACAGUUUUGUAUUCCAAAUAUGCUGGAAAUGACUUCAAAGGAGUUGAUGGCUCUGACUAUAUCACAUUAAGGGCAUCUGAUAUAAUGGCUGUGCUUUCAUAGAUGAAUAAUCACUUUACUCGAUCGAAGAAGAAUUGAAGAGAGGUGAUUAGAGAACAUGACAUGUCUUCUGCUCAUCGAGGGUCAUGACCCUAGAUUAAAUAGGAGAGCAUGAAGGUCGAUGAUCAGGAUAGGAUAAAAUGUUAGUAGAUAAUCGAGUGAUUUUUUUUUCUAUUAUUAAUUCAUUUUUAUUAAUCAUCUUUGUUUCUUUUUCUUUGGUUACCUUAUUAUUUUUACUGUCAAUAUCUUUUUUCUUUCUUAGUAUUUUCAUUUGAGCUUCUCUCACUCUUGUAUUAAGCUUUUCUAAAGUCGUGGUUUAUCUAAAACAACUUCUCUACCUUA